AUGAUGCCUGGCAGGACGAUACGCAAACCUGCGCCGCCCGCCGCGCCUGCAGAGCGGGACGCGGUGGCUGAGUGCGCGCUGGAGCUGCGCAGGAUCGGCGACAAGGCGGACCUACGGCAGAAGGUCCUGAACCUCAUCGCGAAACUCUUCUGCCCCAAAACGUGAGCCGCCGCGCCCGCGGUGCUGAAAAAGAAAGGGGAGAUUUCGGCUUUGCAGAUCUGGAACGAGAGAUUUCACUUACACUGGGAGACAGAGAAAGCUCCUUGACUUGUGUUUUGCUACCUGGAGCCACCGAAGGAUGGCUGUCGCUACGUGAUUCCUGUGGGAAGUGUUACAGCAUUAUUAUGCUUUAUGGAUGCCAAGCAGAAAACAAAGUGAUGAGCACAGCCCCUCUCUGCUCUGCAGGGGGAUGUGGGGCAGGUUGGAACUUGUCCUUCUCGGGGCUGGGGAAUUCUGUGAGAACCCUGCUUCCCUUGUUGCCUUCACAUCCCACGUCCCACCCAGAACUGUGGACAGAAGGUUCCGAAGCAGAGAAAGAACUAAGGGUUGUGGAACGUGGGCACGAAUCACGAGGUGAAAGCCGGUGUUGAGGUUCUGACUGCUCUUAUCUUCUACAGCUUGGAUUCUGCUGGAUGGGGAAGUGGUGGUGCUGGGGAUAUCUCAUCCGUUCAUUAAAACCACUGCCUUAAUUUAAAGGUUAUUUGUUGUAGCAAGUGGCUUUGGGGAUAAAAAAAAAUUGCAAUUCUGUGAAUUAAUGUGACGUUGCAUAGUUCUAGUCUGUAUAUUAUAUAUAUGUAUAUAUUUGCAUAUAUAUAUAUUACAUAUAUAUAAAAUAUAAAUAUGUAUAGCCCCCUUGUAUGAGAGGAGGAUUUCAGAGAACUGUUAAGCGAAUGCUACUUCUUUAGGCUCAAAGAGUAGUAUGAACAAAUGCUCAAAACAUGAUGGAAGUACUUCAUACUAACCAGAGGAAAGCAUUAUGUUUUGUGAUGAUACAGGAAGUACUUCUCGCAUUAAAGAGGGGAACAUAAUGUAGUAAUCAUUAAAUAAGUGAUACGAAUGUAUAUUGUACAAAUGCUGAUGUUGAGGUAUGUGUGUUGAGUGGACGGUUUCUUCCAACACUGAAAAGAAGUCCUUGAUGACAAUACAACACCACUGUGUGCUUUUCUAAGUAACACAAUAACUCAUCAACAGACCACAAAGUUGAAUCUGAGUCAAAACUCGAAUUUUCUUCAGAUUGUCGUUUUUUCAAAGAAGGCAGCUGCCUCUCUUUGAAGAAAUCAUAAAACGGAUUGUUGCAGUCAGUACAGAUAAACAGCCGCAAUCUUCAAUAGUUCUUUAAGGGAAGAUCCUUCCCUUGUACUUUCUCUUUCAUUUCACGGCACCCCCAUUUUGUUUCCGGAAAGAUGGAGCUGCUGCAGCACCCGGAGAGGGGCAAUGUGCUGCUGUAACUUGGAGUUCCCCUUGCUGGCUCCAGAGGAGCUGCACUAAACUCACAGCUCAGACAUGUGCCACCUCUGCAUGCCACGUCUUGCUCCUGAGCAGUGUUCUUUCAAGGGUGCACACUAGCAAUAAAACGGCCUUAGCUGUUGACAUUUGUCGCUACCUCUUCAGUCAGUGUUCAGAGAUGCACAGAACACACAUCUCCUUCAGGAGAUGUAGCACAGAAAGUCAGGUGAGGCCACGCACUUGCUCCUCUAGAUGAGUGCUGCUUUGGUAUGCAGCUGUAUUUGUGUUGCGUAAGGGUGGGUAGCUGCACCUCCUGAUUUCCAGUUCAGUUUUUCCUGCCUGGUAAUGAUUUUCUGGUUUUAUUUAUACCCCGUGUUUCAGCUCGCUCUCCUUCCUCUGCCUUUGCAAAGCUGCUAUGACAUAGCUGACAGAUUUGCUUGCUCUGGCACAACCAGCUGUACGAGGCUGCUGCUCUUUGGCACUGACCACUAAGCAGGAGCAGGAAUAGCUGUAAUUCAUCUUCUUGUUGGAAAGCAACAUGUUUCACUGACAUCUACAGACACCAGUUUUCCAGUUAUAAAAAAACUGAAUGCAAAGAGUUUUAGUUAAACACCAGCGUGCUGCUCAGUAAGGUUGCCUGCCCUGCAAUCAAUAGGAACAGCAGUGCUGCAUGGCCUGGUGACACCCUGUGGGCUGUGCCUGGCUCAGGAGCACAGAGCAUUUACAUCGGGAGCUGAAAUAUAUUUGGAUAAAGGUCUUCUGCUUCAUGCUGCUUUGAAACUCUGUAGGAAAUUAGGCUCCUACAUAGGAGUUCAUGGAGCACGGGCAAUAAUUCAACACAAAUGUUAUAAAAAAAAAAAAAAAAAUCUGUCCUCAUAAACGCAUUAUGAUGGGGGCAUCUUCAUGAAAUACCAGUGCAAGUGUUUUUCUGCCUAGAUCUGUAAGGAAUAUUUGCUUUUUGUGAAAUGUUUUUGUUUUUUCAAGGGUUGUCAAGUGCUAGCAUCGAGUGAGCUCAGGAAAAUGUCUGUAUCCAGGUGAUCAGUGCCAGUACAUGAGCCUGCUAAUGUCCUCCCCACAUUUCCUUCUGUUGCUUCCCCAGAACAUUUGCUAUUAUAUGAAGUAUCAACACGGGUUUGUUUUUCUUAAGGCCAGAUAUUUCCCUAUAUGCCCCAUGCAUGUAUGUCUUGAAUUCUUGUUGAGAUAAUAAAUAUGA